CACAAACACAAACACGCAGUUACAAACUCCAUCACGACGCCUUCUCUUUCGCUCUAAUUAUCUUUCUCUCUCUCUAACACAAUGCCUCGCCUGAGCAACGCCGUCGUAGGAAUUUUGAACUGCUGCACUUUAAUCCUCGGCCUAAUCGGAAUAGUCGGUUCUCUCUACUUCCGAAUCCGCGGCGCCUCCGACUGCCAGAAGGUAAUCCAAAACCCUCUCCUCAUACUCGGAAUCUUCCUCUUCGUCGUCUCUCUGUUAGGUCUUAUAGGAUCCUUCUGCCGAAUCAAUUUCAUACUCUACCUCUACCUGGUUGUUCUGUUUCUGAUGAUCCUCGGAAUCCUCGCUUUCACGAUUUUCGCUAUUUUGGUUACCAAUAAAGGCGUCGGAAGGACGGUAUCGGGGAAAGGAUUUAAGGAGUAUCGCCUUGGAGAUUUCUCCAAUUGGUUGCAGAAAUAUGUUGUGAAUCAGAAGAAUUGGGAUGAAAUUAGGAGUUGUUUGAUUGAUGCUAAGAUUUGUGAGAGUCUCGGCAAUAAUAAUGUUCCUCAAGUUCAGAAUGAGUUUUACAAGAAGAAUUUGUCGCCUAUUCAGUCCGGAUGUUGUAAGCCGCCAUCGGAGUGUGGAUUUGAGUUCAAGAAUGCGACGUUUUGGACGGUGCCGAAAUCAAGGACAGCGGGGGCGAAGGGCGGCGAUUGCAAGAAGUGGAGCAACGAUCAGGGGAGGUUGUGCUACGGUUGCGAUGCGUGUAAAGGAGGAGUAUUGGCGAACAUAAGGAAGGAGUGGAGACAUUUCGCCAUUUUCAAUGGCUGUGUGCUUGGGAUCGUGACCAUUAUCUAUUGCAUAGGCUGUUGCGCAAGGAGGAACAACAAGGCUCCUCCCAAGUACCCCAAGUACAGUGGCUAUGCUUAGCUUAAUUAACUUUCUUGUUAAUUUUAAUCUUCUUUUGGUUGAAAAUGAUUAUGAUUAAAGAUUUCACUAAUUAUAUACAUAUAUAUAU